UCGGCGGAUGCCGUACAAGUCGUCUAGGAAUACCUCCUUAGUUCCUCGUCUGCCUUUUCUUAUGAAGAUCGCGCGCAGCCUCUUCGGCUUCCGUACUGGUCAGUCCUGAAGCGGCUCUGCUGCGUCUGUGUGGCCGGCGGAGGGCUCGUGACACGGAGGCAGCGAGAGGCGGCAGCGGCACCAGCCCGGAUUCUGCAGCCAUGAGUCGAAGCUACAAUGACGAGCUCCAGUAUCUGGAUAAGCUGGACAAGAACUGCUGGCGCAUCAAGAAGGGCUUCGUGCCCAACAUGCGCGUGGAAGGUGUGUUCUACGUGAAUGACCCUUUAGAGAAGCUAAUGUUUGAAGAGUUAAGGAAUGCAUGCCGAGGCGGAGGUGCUGGUGGUUUUCUGCCAGCUAUGAAGCAAAUUGGGAAUGUAGCUGCAUUGCCUGGCAUCGUUCAUAGAUCUAUAGGACUUCCUGAUGUCCAUUCUGGCUAUGGGUUUGCCAUUGGUAACAUGGCUGCCUUUGAUAUGAAUGACCCAGAAGCAGUGGUAUCACCAGGUGGUGUUGGAUUUGACAUCAACUGUGGUGUACGGCUGCUUCGUACCAACCUUGACGAGUGUGAUGUCCAGCCAGUAAAGGAGCAGCUUGCCCAGUCCAUGUUUGAUCAUAUUCCUGUUGGCGUGGGAUCCAAAGGUGUUAUCCCCAUGAAUGCCAAGGACUUGGAAGAGGCUUUGGAGAUGGGGGUAGACUGGUCCCUUCGAGAAGGCUAUGCUUGGGCUGAGGAUAAAGAGCACUGUGAAGAAUAUGGGAGAAUGCUGCAAGCUGAUCCCAAUAAGGUUUCUGCAAGGGCAAAGAAAAGGGGAUUGCCUCAGCUGGGGACUCUGGGGGCAGGAAACCAUUAUGCCGAGAUUCAGGUGGUGGAUGACAUUUAUAACGAGUAUGCUGCCAGGAAGAUGGGCAUUGACCACAAAGGGCAAGUGUGUGUGAUGAUCCACAGUGGCAGCAGAGGCCUGGGCCACCAAGUAGCCACAGAUGCCCUUGUGGCUAUGGAAAAAGCCAUGAAACGGGACAAGAUCAUAGUGAAUGACCGCCAGCUGGCCUGUGCUCAUGUUGCUUCCCAAGAGGGGCAGGAUUACUUGAAGGGAAUGGCGGCAGCUGGAAACUAUGCAUGGGUCAAUCGUUCUUCCAUGACAUUCCUCACCAGACAGGCAUUUGCCAAAGUCUUCAACACCACCCCUGAUGAUCUGGAUAUGCACGUGAUCUAUGAUGUUUCUCAUAACAUUGCCAAAGUCGAGCAGCAUGUGAUAGAUGGGAAAGAACGGACCCUGCUGGUGCACAGAAAAGGAUCGACCAGAGCUUUCCCCCCUCACCACCCCCUUAUAGCUGUUGACUACCAAUUGACUGGCCAGCCAGUGCUGAUUGGUGGUACAAUGGGAACUUGUAGCUAUGUCCUUACUGGUACAGAGCAAGGCAUGACUGAAACCUUUGGAACUACCUGCCACGGAGCAGGCCGCGCGUUGUCCCGUGCCAAAUCUCGACGCAACUUGGAUUUUCAAGAUGUAUUGGACAAGUUGGCAGACAUGGGGAUUGCAAUCCGUGUUGCUUCUCCUAAACUGGUUAUGGAAGAGGCACCUGAAUCUUAUAAGAAUGUGACAGAUGUGGUUAACACCUGCCAUGCAGCUGGCAUCAGCAAGAAAGCCAUUAAACUGAGACCCAUUGCCGUUAUCAAAGGCUAGGGAAGCCUUUCACAGGAAUGACCAGCUCUGUCCUGACCACCCAGCGUGCUUGGAGAUUGUUUCUGUCUAGGUGGAAAAUACAGACUGACAAGAUUUUUAUUUGCUAGAACUCCUGGAAGUAAGAUGUGCCUAGAAAGCAUUCCUCCUUAUGAGGAAGUGAUAAACUGAGACAUGUGUUUUUUUGUUUUUUGUUUAACAGAGUCAUGUCAGAAAGAAACUGAAUUUCUUUUAGCAAAUGUCUAAAACAUCCCUGCAGAAUGCUCUUUGCCCUUAAUAAAUGACUCUGGCUGAUGCAGGGAAGGCCAGUGUUAAGCCACCAUUCUGCAGGGAGACUUAUUCUGAUGAAGGCUAAGCACAAAGGCUCCAAGAUUGAGUCACAUGUCCCUUUUCCCCCUUGAUUUUGUUCAAGCCCCCUCUAAAAUAUUGCCUUGUAAAGAAUUCAACUAUUGGCAAUGAUCUACGCAGCUAAAGGUUUUUUGGCAUUGUGGGUUGUAUUAAAGCUUGAUAAUGCCACUUGUCCAUAUGAUUUGACAACUCACCAUUGCUGUACUAUGAAGUCAAAUAGUCAUACGGCUAAGUGCAGUCCUCUGUUGGCCUGGGAUGCUAUUGACUGAGGGUACGCUUGCACCAUUGCUGUUUCCCCAGCAGCAGUGUGCCCCCAUGCCUGGGGUUAUCCCUUAUGAAGACCCUACUCACUUGCUUUGAAACAGGAAGACUAGGACCAACUUUCCUGUGAUGUCCCUGCAUAGUUAGGGUGAGCGGAUGCUAGAGCAUUAUGUUACAGCACUUUUCAGUCGUGUUUGGGCCUGAACGGCUUAUGCCCUAGUGCUGCAAAAAUGAGAAACCUCAUCUGAGCAAGUCCUAGAUGCUCAGGAGCCCUGUUUGCUCUUGCAUCUGGUCGCCCUACUCGCUGUGUCUGGAUAAGCAAGCUGGAGAGUUGCCCACAAGUCUUGCUGUCUUUCAGGCACAUCUGUUUGGGAGUCUUGUAAAUGUGUUUGCCCUUUGAAACAGCAAGUAGGGCUAUACCCAUGUAUAGCAGGGAGACUUGUUCUGGCCCUCGUAUCUUCUGAGCUGCUGUUUGCACACGUUGUGCAAAUGGGUGGAGUGCGGUACUGGGACACAAGGUAAUGACAGAACGUGCUUCCCCAAAGCAUACUCUGGGCAGUGGGGCAGGAUCCAAUGAUAGUAGCUGUUGGAAAACAGAAGGUGAUUUCAGCAGAACCAGCGUUUGCUCUGAUGCUGCUUUUGAUUGUUCAGUGCAUAGUGCUCUUCCUUCUUCUCAUGCAACAGUAGUGGCCGCUUGGUGUGAUCUGGACCAUGGCAAGCAUGACUUGACACUGACAAAGGCCUUUUCUUUGUGUGAAUUGAACUGAAAUUCUGGGAGUGGCUCUCCAAAGGAGGUGAACAGCUGAGGACUUGACAUUUCUCAAUAAAACGCAAUGACUUCCUUGUA